CGUCCAUACCGUCAAGAUGUCAAAAUCGCCGCCCCGGGAGAGAGCUCUCUCACAGACAGAAGAGGAAACCACUUCCCUCCCUCUCCCCCCUCUCUGUCGGCCUGUCUGUCUUUGCUGCCGGGAGGUCAGUCAGUGAUCAGUGAGUCAGUCUCUGGGCAGCAGCCUGGCCACGGUGAGGGCGACAGGGAUGGGGAGGUCCAUGGGCGAGGGGUUGAGAGUGCAGUAGAGCAGACAGCUGCCCACCACGAACGACAGGUGGAAGCCCACAUGGCACAGCGACGCCCGGUUGUGCUCCCCCUUCUGGCCGUAGACGAUGGCCAUCAGAUACAGCGACGCGCCGACCGACGUCAGGGAGAGGAAGCCGAGCAGAGGCAGAAGCUGUGAGCACAAACAACACAGACAGACAGGAAAUUUAGCCGAGUGUCGUGCAUCGAUCUGCAUUAGCAGUGAGUGUCUGGUCUGUCCUCGCGUGGGAAAUCGAUGCGCACCUGCAGUCCCUUGAGCGCCUGCACGAGAUGGUAGACUGUGCCUCCCCGCACCAGCGUCGUGUCAACCCGCCGCCUCCAGCUGCACACAGCAACACACACAGUAACACGCACGACAGUCAGCAGCUCUCUCUCCCGAUAUCCCUCAUUGCCUUGCCUUAAAUUCCCUCCCCACCCACCACCCCUUCACACCUUGUGAAGACAGGGGAGCGCCAGUGGUUGAGCGAAGUCACAAGAACGAGCGAUGCCAGCGUAGCGAAGUCCCAGUGGUUUUGACAGACAGCCACAGCGAUGGGGACGAUGAAAGUGGCGCUCGAGGCCACCAGCCGCUGGCUGUAGCGCUGUGGGUACAUCAGGGCGGACCUGGGAGGCUUGGAGGGAUACAAGGCAGGCGGCAGUGCAGCCUUGGGCUGAAAUGCGAACCUCAUCGGGCCUCCAAGCCAGACGGUGGUGCUCACGCCUCCCAGCAGCGGUUUUCGCCUCUCUCCCAAUUUUU